AUGGCGGUCGCUAUAAAAGCACUACUUGUUCUUUUGAUAACUGUAUUCCUUUCCUCUCGUAUUUCUGCUAGACCCACUGAAACCUCCUCAGCAGCGGAAAACUCCACAGAAGUUGUCAAUGCAUCCACUUCUGGCGGUUGUGACAUUCUCCCGGACAGGUUCUAUGGCCACUUUGAGUUGGACCAUACGGAAAACUUUGAAAAGAGAUGGUCGUUCAACCAUAGUUCCAAAACUAACCCGAAUUAUGUUCACAUGACGGUCACGUUCGAGAGAACCAACGACCCAAGAAAGUUCAACUAUAAGUUCUCCUGGGACAACCACACAAGAAAGGUGCUCAACAUUGAGAUGGGAAAACCAUUUGGAGAAGAAAAAAAUAAAGAUGCGGAGACAUUCUUCUGCAAGAACGAAUCAAUCUACAGAUACCCCACGGAACACAUCAUCGAGGGGGAUUUCCUUAUUUUGUACCCAUCUCCCGAACAAGGUCUGCCUUGGAUUCAACAAAAGAAGUUUGUCCUUAAACGACAACGUGUUGCUUCGCCACUGCCUUUAGGACCCUUCGAUAAGUAUUUUUUGAAUCUGUUAAAGUUUGUGAAGCUGGUUUCACAAUUAGAAAGUGAAUGA